CGCCAUGCUGACUCUCGUGGUAGUCUCCUCUAGUGUCGUCGUGCGUUUAUUGAUUUCUUCCCUCUUGUGUGUUUCUUCGCUACUGAUUGCUUCACUAGCAACCUGCUACUUCAUCCGUUUCCUGUUGGCCUGCCCCAGACCCUCCAACCAAUUUGUUCAUCAUUCAGUUCCCGGCAGCCGGAAGCCCGGAAUCCCCGGUUGAUGCCGCCCACCGCUUGCAUCUCAGCUCCGGGGUUCCUAUGCUCAUCCAGACAGUCAAGGAAUUAGCGGUUGCUAGCUUUAGCUAAUUCUUCGCCAUCGGCGAUCAGAUCCUCCAAUUCGAGGCCAUUUUUAAUAUAAUUCUUGGCCCUGAAGGCAUCAAAGAGCACAAGGUUUGGAGAUUUCGGGUCGCGGUGAUGGAGUUCGUGGCCGCGGUGUUCCGGCCGCUCAAGGACUGCUUCGACCGGACCUACGGAUACGUCAUGUCGUGCGGCGAUUAUAUCGAAGCGAUGGGCCAUGAGAUGAACGAGCUCAAGAGCAAGCGCGACGAUAUCAAACGCUUGGUGGACGGUGCCGAGCGCCACAGCAUGGAGGCCACCAGCCAGGUCAAGUGGUGGCUCAAGUGCGUCGCCGAUCUCGAGGUCGCCGCUCUCCGUAUUGAGGACGACUACCGGGCACGGCAGAGGCUCCGGCCCGAGCGUUCCCCUGGCAUCAUGGCCACCUACUACCUCAGCAAGAAGGCCGACGAGAUGCGCGCCGAAGCCGCCAGAAUCAAGGAGAAGGGUAACUUCGACAAGGUCGCCGACGAGCUUGUGCAGAUCCGCGUCGAAGAGAUGCCGAGCGUGCCAGUAUUCGGCAUGGAAGCGCAGCUCCAGGAGCUCAAUGCGUGCGUCCGGGACGGCGGCAUCACCGGGAUCUACGGCAUGGCCGGGGUUGGCAAGACGGAGCUGCUUAACAAGUUCAACAACGAGUUCCUCAUCAAUUCUCAAGACAUUAAUGUUGUCAUUUACAUUGAAGUCGGCCGGAAGUUCAAUCAAGACGACUUCCAAAGAAUCAUUGGCGACCGAAUCGGCGUGCCAUGGGAAGAUAACAAGCUGCCCAAGGAGCGUGGCAAGGUGCUUUUCAGGGUACUUAGCAAGAUGAACUUUGUGCUGCUCCUGGACGACGUCUGGGAGCCUAUUAAACUCCAAUUUCUCGGCAUUCCAGUGCUGAAGCAAAACUCCAUGAGCAAGAUCGUCUUGACGACAAGGAUUGAGGACGUGUGCGACCGCAUGGACGUCCGCCGGAAGCUCAAGAUGGAGUGUCUCCCCUUGGAGCCCGCGUGGGAGCUCUUCUGCGAGAAGGUUGGCGAGCACCUGAUGCGUGCUAGCGAGGAGAUUCGGGACCACGCGAUGGCGCUCGCCAUGAAGUGCGGCGGCCAUCCCCUAGCGCUUAUCACUGUCGGGCGGGCGAUGGCCAGUAGGCGCGAUGCAAAAGAGUGGAAGCACGCCAUCACCGUGCUAGAGAGUGCCCCGUGGCAACUUCUUGGUAUGGAUACGGAAGUUCUUGUGCCUCUCCAGGAAAGUUACAAUUACUUGCCCAAUGACAUGAUAAGGCUCUGCCUACUGUAUUGCUCGCUGUUCCCAGAGGAGUUAUCCAUUCCCAAGGAUUCCAUCGUCGGUUACUGCAUAGGUGAAGGCUUCACAGAUGACUUGUUCACUAUGGAUGAGGAGUUCUACUUUUUCAAGGAUUGGGCCAAGAUUGCAUCUUUGCAAGAGAGAGGUGAGGAUGCGGAUCAUAUCAGGAUACAUCCCAUGGUUCGUGCCAUGGCUCUAUGGAUAGCAUCGGAGUUUGGCAAGAAAGAGACUAAGUGGCUCGUACGUGCUGGUGUCGGGCUGAAGGAGGCACCGGGUGCAGAUAAGUGGAGCGAUGCUGAGCGGAUUUCAUUCAUGGGGAACCACAUCGUCGAGCUGUACGAGAGACCUAAUUGCCCUUUGUUAAAGACGUUAUUGCUACAGAGCAACCCUUUGAGCAGGAUAUGUGACGGCUUUUUUCAAUUCAUGCCAUCUCUCAGAGUGUUAGAUCUGUCCCACACCUCUCUAAGUGAAUUACCUUCAGGUAUCAGUUCACUAGUUGAGUUGCGGUACCUUGAUUUGUAUAACACGAACAUCAGGUCACUGCCAAUGGAGCUAGAAUCUCUGGUGAAGCUUCGAUUCUUGAUUCUAUCAAAGGUGCCACUGGAAAUGAUCCCAGGUGGUGUUAUAUGCAGCCUCACAAUGCUACAGGUUCUGUACAUGGAUCACAGCUAUGGAGACUGGACGGUUGGUGAUAGUGGAAGUUGUGUCAGUUUUCAGGAGCUUGAGAGCCUGCGAAGGCUCCAGGCGCUGGACAUUACAAUACAAUCGCUUGAGACCCUUGAACAGUUGUCGCGAUCAUAUCGCCUUGCUGUUUCCACAAGAAAUUUAUUGAUCAAGACAUGUUCCAGCCUUACCAAUCUAGAGCUUACAUCAGCGAACCUCUGGAAGAACAUGAGUAACCUGAAAAGGGUAUGGAUUGCGAGAUGCAGCAACUUGGCGGAGGUAAUCAUUGAUCGUAUCAAAGAAACUGAUGAUCGCAUUAAACAUUCACGUGAUAAGCUGCAAGGCCGGCCGAUUGUUGAUGGUGAGCAGCACAUCCUUCCAAACCUGCACGAUCUCAUUCUUCAGGGGCUUCCUAAGGUAAAGAUCAUCUAUAGAGAAGGAUGUGUCCCGAAUCUAGCAUCGUUGUUCAUCCAAUAUUGCCAUGGACUUGAAGAGCUCCUAACUCUCAGUGAGAAAGACCCAGAAAUGGCGGCAAGUGACGGUGAAGAAGAUGCAGGAACCACGAAAGUCAUCAUACCCUUCCCUAACCUCAAGGAACUGCAUCUCCAUGGAUUGGCAAACUUCAGGACGCUGAGCAGCGGUAUAUGUAUGCUGCAGUUCCCGUCACUGGAGACCCUGAAGAUUGUCGAGUGCCCAGUGCUGAAGAAGCUGAAACUUUGUGCUUCAGGUCUGAAUAAGAUACAAUGCACAAGAGAAUGGUGGGAUGGCCUGCAGUGGGAAGACGAGGAAGCCAAGGAGUCUUUCGAGCUAUUGCUUCGUCCAAUGAGCUGAACUCAAUCUUGGUUACUACCUUUUUCUAAUUGAAAAUAUAGGCCCAUCUAGCUUUGUACUAAAGUAUAUAGAUCGACAACACAAGAUUGUCAUUAGUACAUUCAUUAUAAUUAUAUUUACAAGUAGCACGGGUAGUCUCGUCUUCCGGUCACCAAA